AUGGAUCAUCUCCUGGCAUCCAUAAAGACUCAUCUGCCUGACUGGCUUCAACAACACUCAGCCGAAUUUGAACAUUUAGUCAAGACGAAUAUAACAAGAUGGAUGGACAUACUUCAUGUCUGGAUUCACGAGUAUAUUGGUAACCAAACAGGAAUCACAUUCAUUGCAAUCGUCACGCUGGUCGUGUCUCUUGCUAUAUUCUUGGGAUUGGGAUUCGUUUCGGGUGCUAUUGGUGGUCGGUUCUCGAAUGUGGAUGUACCUGCUCCUCCUGAGGCCGACUUAGAAUGGUCUGGACAACCACUGUCAAACCCAUCCAUUCAUCACCCUACAGACAAACAAAUCAUAAUAUGCUAUGAUCCUGCUACUGGUCAAAAAUUAGGUGAACGUAGAGCAAUGACACCUACUGAAAUACUCGAAACGGUUGCAAGGGCUCGUCAAGCUCAACGUGAAUAUGCUAAAACCACAUUCAAGAAACGAAGGGCUAUAUUGACUACGCUGUUGGAUUGGGUUGUUGAGAAUCAGGAGCUUGUGUGUCGAGUGACUGCGAGGGAUUCUGGCAAAACUAUCGUGGACGCAAGCUUUGGAGAACUCUUAACAACGUGUGAAAAGCUCCGUUGGACUAUCGCAAACGGCGAAACCGUUCUCGCUCCAGAAUACAGAGGCGGUGGUGGUCUCGUCGUAGCCCACAAAUCAGCCCGAGUCGAAUACACACCCAUCGGUGUCAUGGGGUGUAUUGUAUCUUGGAAUUAUCCAUGUCAUAAUGUCCUAGGUCCUAUCAUCUCUGCACUCAUGGCUGGAAAUGCUUGUGUCGUCAAGGCCUCUGAACAUGUUGCUUGGUCUAGUGCUUACUGGCAGAGCAUUGUGCGGACUGUGCUGAGGAAGCAUGGUAUUGAUGAUGCUCUUGUCGCUAUUGUGAAUGGGUGGUCGGAUGCUGGUGAGGCGUUGAUUGGAUGUGCUGAUAAGAUCACAUUCAUCGGCUCACCAGGUGUUGGAAAACUUGUCAUGCGUAAAGCGUCAGAAACCAUCACACCCGUGGUUCUAGAACUAGGUGGCAAAGAUGCAGCAGUGAUUUGUGAAGACUGUGAUUUCGACCAAGUCGUGCAAAUCGCUAUGCGUGGAACAUUUCAAAAUUGUGGUCAGAAUUGUAUUGGGUUGGAACGCCUUGUCGUUCAUGCAAAGAUUUAUGAUAAAUUCGUGAAUGAGAUGGAGAGACGGAUUAGUGGAUUGAUACAGGGGCCACCGUUGAGUAGCACGAAGGCUGUUGAUUGUGGUGCCAUGACUAUGUCUCAAGCUUCCAAAAACAUUCAGCAUUUGGUCGACGAUGCCGUCAAAUCUGGAGCUAGGCUACUUGUGGGAGGUAAACCUUACAAGUGCCCUUCUUAUCCUUCAGGUCAAUACUUCACUCCAACACUACUAGUAGACGUUACUCCUGACAUGAAGAUUGCCAAAGAAGAAGUCUUUGGUCCCGUCGCAGUAGUCAUGAAAUUCAAAAACGAUGCAGAUGCUAUACGGAUAGUCAAUGCUUGUCCAUUUGGAUUGGGAUCAUCUGUAUUCACGUUGAAUUAUUCUCGCGGUGAAAAGAUCGCAGCUGCAUUACGUACUGGAAUGGCCAAUGUUAAUGACUUUGGAAUUAACUAUCUUUGUCAGUCACUACCAUUCGGUGGAGUCGGAAUAUCAGGUAUAGAUAGAUUCGCAGGUGUAGAGGGAUUACGUGGAAACUGUCACAUUCGUGCUAUAACAAGUGACUACUAUCGAUAUUUCGGUGUUCGCACUGGUAUACCACCAUUACUCCAGUACCCAUUAUCCAAGACUUCGGAUGAAUUCCAAAAGGGUCUUGUUGAAUUCUUGUAUGGUGCUGGAUUGUCGGGCAAGCUGAGAGGUAUUUUUGGAUUGUUGGGUGCUAUGGUAACUGGUAAAGCAUCAACAUGA